AUGAGUAACAUCGGGUUUGAGAAGUGUGCAUCUGAACAUGGAGUGUAUGUUCAGUGUUAUCAGCAUAAUGGAAGAAAAGAAAUGUUAAUAGUGUGCUUGUAUGUGGAUGACAUGCUAAUCACAGGAAGCAGUGUUGAAAGAAUUGCUAAUUUCAAAGUCCAAAUGUUACAGGAAUUUGAAAUGAGUGAUUUGGGGCAACUAAACUAUUUUCUUGGGAUUGAAUUCACUAAAACUGAUGAGGGAUUAGUGAUGCAUCAGUCCAGAUAUACAUUGGAUAUGUUAAACAAGUUUAACAUGCUUCAUUGUAAUUCUGCAAACACUCCAACAGAGGUAGGGUUGAAACUUGAGAAGGAUCCAGAAGAGGAAGGGGUUGAUCCUACUGAGUACAGGAAAAUGGUUGGAAGCCUAAGAUACUUGUGUAAUACCAGGCUAUACAUUAGUUACAGUGUGGGCCUGGUUAGCAGAUAUAUGCAGAAUCCUAAAAUUUCUCAUCUGAUGGCUAUUAAACGAAUUCUGAGAUACCUAAAAGGUACUCAUAGCUUUGGGAUUUUACUGCCAGGAGGAGAAUCAGAGGGAGAGGUAAGAAUUAAUUCUUACUCUGACUCAGAUUGGUGUGGAGACAAAAGUGACAGGAGAAGUACUACUGGGUAUGUAUUUUUCUUAAAUGGAGCACCAAUUUCUUGGAGCUCUAUAAAAGAACCAGUAGUGGCUCUUUCAUCGUGCGAGGCUGAAUAUAUUGCUGCCUGUGAAGCCACAUGUCAGGCGGCUUGGCUAAGUUCCUUAAUGAGUGAAUUGAAGAUUGAAGUAGAAGGGAAGGUCAGACUGCUUGUGGACAACAAGUCAGCCAUAGACCUGACCAAACAUCCUACAUCGCAUGGCAGGAGCAAGCAUAUUGAAACUCGUUUCCACUCCAUCGGGGAACAAGUUAGUAAAGGGAAGCUCGAAGUUGUAUACUGCAUAUUCGAGGACCAGAUUGCAGACAUACUUACUAAGGCACUGAAAGGUGAACGCUUUCUAAUACUUAGAAAGCAGAUCGGAGUAAAAAAGGUGGAGAUCAAGGUAGAUCUACAGAAAAGAACUAUGAAAACCUAG